AUGCGGAAAAAAGCCAUGGAAAACGCAAAAGAAGACCUACGUUUCGCUACCUGGUGUCGGCUACUGACAGUGAUAGCACUCCAUCUAAAACGCCGUAGAGAUUCAAUCAUUCCCAAGCCACCACCAGCCCCUGUGCCACCAGCCCCACUUUGCCACCACCACCACUUUGCCACCACCAACCCUUUGCCACCACUCAGCCCCUUUGCCACCACCAGCCCCUUUGCCACCACCAACCCCUUUGCCACCACCAGCCCCUUUGCCACCACCAGCCCUUUGCCACCACCAACCCCUUUGCCACCACCAACCCCUUUGCCACCACCAACCCUUUGCCACCACCAACCCUUUGCCACCACCAGUCACCACCAACCUUUGCCACCACCUCAACCCCACUCUAUCCCCAGAUUCCCCUAG